AUGGAUAAUAGUGACAAAAUCGAGUUGGUCGGUGAUAAUACGCAGGGUCAGUCCGUUGAGCAAGAGUCGGAGGAAAUGAGAAAAUUGAGACAGCAACUGUCAGAUGUAUAUCAAGCUUGGGUUUCCGGUCGUCCUCCACCCCAGGGUCCUUCAGAGGGAACUUCCACCAUACCCCAGGCUACUCAAACACCGCUCCAUGCAACGAGUGAUCCCAUUCUACCGCCAGGGUAUGUGCCAAACUACAGCCUCCAUACUGCCCCCGGUACCUCUAAUAUGCGACCUCCAGUCGCACCGGUUAGGAACACCCCUCUCGUCGUGUCUGGCGCACCGGCAUAUACAAUCCCGCCACCACCACCUGUGACGAGGCCAAACAAUGAGCCACCAUCUCAUGCUUAUAAUUGCCAAUACUAUUCUCCAAAUAUGGCUUUUGGGGUCUCGGCUCCAUACAAUCAGACUCCUCAAUACGAGUCACCAGUGGAAAAUGAGAAGCCUGCCACGAGGGUUGAGCCAGAUGAGAUGGCUAGGAAAAUGAAAAGUCUUGAACAGAAUAUAAAGAAUAUACAGGGACUAGGCGGUCACAAAAGCGUUUCAUUCACUUGCGAAUGGUUCAUUGACCAAGAUAUCUCUCACUGGCAUGUUUGGGAUGACAUGGCCCAGGCCUUCGUCAAACAAUUUCAAUACAACAUUGACAUUGCGCCGGAUCGUGAUUCUUUAUCCAAUAUGAAGAAAAAGCCGACCGAAAGUUUUAGGGAGUAUGCCAUCAAGUGGAGGGAGCAAGCAGCUAGGAACAUGAUGUCCGCGAUGGGUAGACCUUUUGAAGAAGCAAUCAAAAUAGGGGAGAUGGUUGAAAAUGGCCUCAAGACUGGUAGAAUUGUAAGUCAAGCUGCUCUCAAAGCCACCACCCAAGCUAUCCAAAAUGGGUUGGGAGGUUUGGCAAAUAGAAAAAAGAGAGAUGAAGGGUCCAUGAUGGCUUCGGGGUCUAGGGAGUUUCAAAGAGGGGCAUCGCACCCUUAUGUGCAAGUUCAGCAGGGGCAAUCCAGCUACCCUCAACAUUAUUAUCCCCCGCCAAUUCCUCAAUACUCUGUGGGCCCACCACAAUAUACAGUGUUCAAUGCUCAACCAUAUGCUCGGCCUCUUACUCAGCAGGUACGGGCACCAGCUCCAAGGGCCCCCCGACCUCAACAGCAAAAUUUUCGGGCACCCUACAAUGCUCGUCCCAGGCAGGAUUAUGGUCGAGAGCAGAGGCCGGUAGAAAAAUUCACUCCAUUGGCUGAAUCAUAUUCUAGUCUAUUCCAGAAGCUGAAGCAAAUGGGCGUAAUUGGACCCAUCGCUCCCCACCAUAUGCAUCCUGAUUCGCAUGGAUUUCAAGCAAAUGCUAGAUGCGAAUAUCAUUCCGGUGCCCCAGGGCAAAGCACUGAUAACUGUUGGACUCUGAAAAGAGCCAUAGAGAGACUCAUUUUCGAAAAACUAAUUGUAGUGACGAAUGGCGAGGACCCUCCUAACGUGACAAAUAAUCCGUUGCCAGCACACAAUGAUGUUCAUUUUGUGGGAAUGAUUGGCCGACACCAAGAAUACAAGCCGGUCGGUCUAGCAGAAAUGACAGUGGGUGCAAUUCAAGAAGGAGCAGGUCUGGAAGUAAGUCCCAGCCAAGAUGUGCCAUUGAUUGUGAAAGGCGCCCAGAACUCAAAUAAGGCAACUUUAUUUGUUCCAAAGAUCUCGAGGUUGGAAGUUCAGUCUAGUGUUCCAAGCCCAAGGUUAUAUGUACUUGGAGGCCAUCCCGUCAAAAGGGAGAAGCAGGGAGGUACGAAAGGUAUAACAGAGCCGAUCGUAAUCAAACCUGCCGUGCAACUCCCUGUAACCAACACAAAAACCACUCCUUGGAACUACAACAAAACGGUGAAGACCUACAAAGGCAAGGAAAUCAUGGAGGAAGUGGGGGAAACUGGAGGUUUUACUCGAUCAGGGAGAUGUUACUCUCCAGAAGAGUUGAGGAAGGCCAAGCAAAUUAGAGAAGGCCAUUUGCCAAUAAAGAAGCCAGUCACUGAAGCAGAUGUGGAAGAGUUUUUGAAAAAGAUGAAAGUUCAGGAUUACUCAAUCAUUGACCAGCUAAGAAAGACUACCUGCACAAAUCUCUCUACUAUCUCUGCUCAUACAUUCCAAAGAGCAUGCCCGUGUACUAAUCAGGGUCCUGAACGAGGCACAUAUCUCAGAGGAGACCACAGUGAAUCAGUUAGAGAAGAUGGCCAACAGAUUUUUUGA